CUGGAAAAUAUCAAUUUUUAUUCUAACCUAAAAUUUGACUUAGUUCUUAAGUGGUUCUUAAUAAAUAUUGAUAAUAGCAGGGUGGUGGUGGUGAAAUGGGCGAUGGGCAAUAACUCUUAUUUAUACUUUUUAUUUUUAUUAUGGUUAAGUUAUUUAAUAGUUUCGUCAGUAUUACUCUUCACUCGAGGGUUCUUGUUAACGAGAACUGUUCAACGAAAGAAUUCAACAUGCCUAUCACAUAGAGAAAUACCCUGUGGGGAAAAUUCGGCAUUUCAAAUACAUUAUGAAGACCAAGAGCAAUGUUCAGUUGAAGACAAAAUCAGUUCAUUUAUUACAAAAUACCAUAGUGCCUCUUCUGUGUGUUUACCAUCUCGAACUCGCGUGGUGUUACUAAUCGUAGAUGCCUUACGGUACGAUUUUACCGUUUAUAAUAAGAAAUAUGAAAAUCCACUGCCUUUUCAAAAUAAGCUACCUGUUAUUCAUAAUCUUCUUGAAGAACACCCGGAACGCACAAGGCUGUACAAGUUUAUUGCUGAUCCACCAACAACUACUAUGCAAAGAUUGAAAGCUCUAACAACAGGAAGCCUUCCAACUUUUAUUGAUGCGGGUUCGAAUUUUGCAACUUCAGAGAUAAAUGAGGACAACAUUAUAGAUCAACUACUAAGACACAAUCAUGGAGUUGUUUUCAUGGGUGAUGAUACUUGGAAUGGUUUGUAUCCCCACAGAUUUACCAGGAAUUUUCCUUAUCCUUCAUUCAAUGUUUGGGACUUAGAUACUGUAGAUAAUGGUGUGAAAGAAAAUUUGUAUCCCGAACUUGAUAAUAAUGAUUGGAGUUUACUUAUUGGUCACUUUCUGGGUGUAGAUCAUUGUGGACAUAGAUAUGGACCAAAUCACCCUGAGAUGGAGAGAAAAUUAGGAGAAAUAGAUGAUGUAAUUAGACAUGUAGUUUCCAAGAUAAACAAAACAGAAAACAUGAUGCUUUUUGUAAUAGGAGAUCAUGGAAUGACAUCGACAGGUGAUCACGGAGGAGAAAGUACUGACGAGAUAACAGCAGCAAUGUUUGUUUAUUCAAAUCAAAUUUUGUCAAAAAUUGAUACUUCAGAAUCGGUGAAACAAAUAGACUUGGUGCCAACUCUCUCUACACUGUUGGGGAUUCCUGUACCAUUUCAAAAUUUAGGCGUUUUAAUUUUGGAUAGUUUGCCAAUUUUUACGAAACAUUUGGAACUAGAAAAUUGGAAGUUUAGUCUUUAUUCAUUGUGGGCUAAUGUCCAACAAGUGUUUGAGUAUAUUAAAGAAUAUGCUGAGAAUGAAGGAACAUUUGAUGAAAAUGAUUUAAAGAUUUUUCAACAGAGAUAUUCUGUGCUAAAUGCUAAAAUAAUAUCCAUUGAUAGUGAAGAGAAAUUUGAAUCCUUUUCCAAAGAACUGAUUAAGUUUUUGACCGAUCUACGUCAAUUAUGUGAAGUUCUGUGGAUUCAGUUUGACUCAUACUCAAUGACUCGAGGUUUACUUUUUAUAUUUUUAACAACUUUCUUUGCAUUUGUUAUAACAGAUGGCAUACCUACAGAUACUUUGUCGAAGGUAUUUUCUAGUUCUUAUAUACUGUGUUCUUACGUUCUUGUAAUAUUAGGAGGUAUUGUUUCUUCCCUCGUUUAUUAUUUUGAUCUAGUUGAUGAUUUAGCUAAAACAUCAUUUUUCGCUACAGGUUUCUGUUCUCAGAUAAUGUUAGCUUUGCUGGUUGUACAGAAUUGGGACGUCAUAACUCAAAAUUGGUAUUCUAAAAGUAAAAUAAAAAAUAUAUCAAACUUAAUUGCUCGUUUCGUAUUGAUAUUUAAUGUCUGUGGGUUAUUUUCAAACAGUUAUAUUAUAGAAGAGUCUUUUGUUCUUCUCUUUUUAUUAGUUACUGUUGUACUAAUAGGUGCAAUCGGUGUAGCUUCUAAAAAACCUGACGCCAAUAAGAAGAAGACAGUUUCCAAGUUUUGGAGCUGGUCUAAAUUAAAAUUCAUAAUUCUUGCUGUUUUGGUCGCUGUCUUUGUUAGAGGUUCAGCGUAUUUUUGGAGAUGCCGUCAAGAGCAACAGUGGUGUUUUGGAUCUUACCAUGAAGUUGGAUCUGGUUCCAAAUCGGAAACUACUAAACUACAAUGGACUAUAACUGUCAUAUUCUUGGGAAUGUUUGUAUUUUCUACAAAAGAAUGGUUAAGAAAUGCGGGAAAUAUGAAUGGCUACUCUUUAACUGUUACUGCAGUAAAAUUUUUGCCGACUACUAUAGUAGUAUGCAUGUCGGGUUAUUGGGCAAUGAGAAGGGUUUCUUCAAAUAAGAAAUCUAUAGGAUCCUUACAUUCAAUUAAUUCUUUAGCUUGGAGUGUUUAUGGCUUGAUAGGUUUAGGUAUGCUAGUUUGUAUUUUGAAACCGCUUUAUACUUACGUUUUGCCUACCACGAAUUUUCAUCAGGAGGUAAAUAGUAUUCCAGCUCUAUUUAAGAAGAUUAAAAAUAAUAUUACUGCCCAAGACAAACCAGAUAAAGACGAUAUUCCAGUUGUGUAUGGUAUGGGAACCGUUUAUAGUGCAGCUUUCGUCACAAUUGGAAUCUAUUUAACUCUUCUGUUUGCUUUACUUUUGGGAGAUGCAGUAGCUCCAUCUUCAGUGAUUAUGUUCCUAACAGCUGCGUUUAUUCUCAUAGUAACAUCCGUGUUACGAAUUGAAAAAGCGACAGAUAUAGAACAACUGUUUGAUGUUCCGAAUAUAUCGAUACUCAUAUGGAUAAUUUUUAGCACAAUAUUUCUUCUACGCCACAGGACACCAACCAUCGUUUCCAAAUAUUUCUUGGGAAGCUGCGUUUAUAGGUACAACUGGAACGUUUUCUAAUAACGUUAUUCCCGGAACCUUGAUUAUCCUGAAUACAUUUUGUUCGUAUAUUUUAAUGGGAGUACUGCUGCCAUUAUUAUUAAUCACGCCGUUUACAGUAUUUGUAAUGAUUCCUUCCGUUUGCGAGAAAAAACAGGAGUUUAGAGUAGAGGCCUCCAGAGGAGAAGUUAUUUUAUUUGAAAAAGAUAGACUGAUGUUAACGUCGAUGUUUAGUUUAGCUUCGAAAUAUAUUUUAGGACAUGCAAUACGGGUAUUUGCAAGUAUGUUAGCUGCUACGAUACAUUGUCGGCAUUUGAUGGUAUGGAACAUAUUUGCACCGAAAUUAAUUUUCGAAUCGAUAGGAAUGUUCAUAACGUUAGGCUCAGUAAUUGUUGGCUACCUCAUACUUGUACGAAUCAACAAUAAAACCGAAUCGUUAAUCCAAACUCUUAAUAAAAUGAGCUGAUUUGUUUUUCGUCGUAAGUUGUUAUUAGUUAUUUAUAAUACUUUUUGAAUUUGUCAAGACAUUUGGGCAUUUUUGUGCUAGUUUAUUUGUAAAAAAGCGUUGACCACAUACAUAUAAUGCCUUGAUAUGGAAAAUGUUGUUAUAAUCUUGAAUUAAUAAAUAGAUUUUAUA